AUGGACGACGAUGACUCGCACAAUCUUCAGCCAUGGGUGACGGCUACGACAAUUUCCGUCACGGUGCUGGCAUUCGUGGCUGUUUGUCUUCGCAUUCUGGCACGCUUAGAACGCAAACAGAAAUUAUGGUGGGACGAUUGGAUGAUUCUGUGGUCGAUGGCCUGGAAUCUCGUGGUCGUCGGCUUCAUAUUUACAAUGGUCCAUGAGGGCAUGGGUCUUCAUGCCAAUACGCUACCCCCGAACAACGUUGUCAUGAUCGCGAAAUAUCUCGUAGUUGCCGAGAUCUUGUAUGUGUUCAACCUGGUGUGGACCAAGCUCAGCAUUCUCUUGAUGUACUAUCGGAUCUUUCACUUUCCUUACUUCAAACUCUGGGCGUACAUCAUCGGCACGUUCGUCAUCUGCUGGGUCAUCUGCAUCACGUUCCUGUUCGUCUUUAUCUGUGUGCCCGUUGAGAAGCUCUGGUACCCGUAUCUCGAGGGCCGAUGCAUCAGUCAGGUCGGCACCUGGAUCGCCAACGCAGUGUCGACCAUUGUCACGGAUCUGAUCAUCCUGUUUCUGCCGCUCCCCCAAGUAUGGAGCCUACAGCUGCGACGGUCAGAGAAAUUGGCCGUCACGCUUGCCUUCGGGCUGGGAUUCUUCGUCGUCUUCGCCUCGGCCUACCGGUUCUCGGUCCUCUUCUCCUAUACCAUGGCGGAUUCGUCAUACACCCUCGCCCCAACCGUCGCCUGGACCGCCAUCGAAAUGUCGGCCGGCAUCAUUUCUGCGUGUCUCCCGACGCUAAGACCGGCGCUCCAGGCGGCUGCUCGUCUCCUCCAUAUCCAAGGCACCAUGCCAGCUCUUCUCCGCAGUCGCUCCGUGCCAUUCUCCAAGGGCAGUCAGUCCGAUCCCAUCAACGUGCCCCCAUCCAUGGACAAAAAUCCUCCGGGCAGUGCAGCGGACCAUCACGGCACACGUGCAAACCGACAUUCUUUCUAUCAUCUCCCGGAUGACUCGGACUCGGGACAAGAGGCGUGCCCGCAGAGACAGCUAGACGCAGCACUACGACCGGACUAUGACCAUGUGCAUAUGGUAACGAACGUGUUGAGCCCCAGCACCAAGGUAGUCCGGAGGGGAGACACGGACAGUCUGAGUGGCGAUGAGAUUCCAUUGCAUGGGAUCCGUGUCCAAAAGGAUUUCACACAGUCGAACAAUUGA